AUGGACAAGCUCCAAAACAGGCUUUGGAUCGUCUUCUUCUUCCUCUUCAUUUUCUGGUACUUUUUGCUCUACAGUUUCGAUUUCAUUUCUUUUCCCGCCUUCUCCGUCGUCUCCCGCAGUCAAAACGCCGAGGAUGACGAUUCCGGCGACAGUUCCCCGUCAGUAAUUUCCGGCCGGUCGGAUUCCAAAUUCACAGAGUCCGACGGCGACGACGACAAAAGCCACGGAUACACUUCCUUCUCCGAUUAUCCCGAAGAUCCAGCCAUCGAUCACAAUCCAAACGCAUCUCAGCCGUCCAAUGUCGCCGAAGCUUUGCCGGAAAACGAUCCGAUGCCCGACAUCGAAAGCCUGGAGAAGGAAUUGGAAGCCGAGCAGCUACGGCACCUUAAACCGUCGAAUGAUCCGCUGAUCCCAGCCGUCGAUCGACAAAAUCCAUCUGACGGUGGAGAUGUCGCGGCGACAAGAAGCACGAUCCCCGUCGCCGUCGAUAGCGGCGAAAAGGAGAAGGAGCCGGAGCCAGAGCUCAAAGCCGACCGACGACGCGGCCGGAAGCCGUGCGCCGGCCGAUGGAUAUACAUCCAAAAAAUCUCGACGAAAUUCAACGACGAUUACGUCAAACAAUGCAAGGAGAUGAACCAAUGGCACGACAUGUGUCCUUAUUUCGAGAACUCUGGCCUCGGGCCGAGGCUCGGGAAUCCGCAACGGCUAUUCACGACGGCCGGGUGGUACGACACGCACCAAUUCUCGCUCGAGGUGAUAUUCCACAACGCGAUGAGGGAGUACGAAUGCCUUACCGAUGAUCCGUCGCAAGCGGCGGCGAUUUUCGUGCCGUACUACCCGGGGCUCGACGUGGCGCGCCACUUGUGGGGCGGCCACACCAAUGCCGUCAAGGAUGCCGAUGCCGUCGAGCUUUUUCGGUGGCUACAGGCAAGCCCUGAGUGGCAGGCAAUGAAUGGGCGAGAUCAUUUUAUGGUGUCCGGCCGGAUUGCGUGGGACACGCGUCGGGAGAGCGACGACGCCGAUGCGUGGGGGAGCAAGCUAAUGCUACUACCCGAGUCGCGGAAUAUAACGUUUUUGACGAUCGAGUCGAGCCCGUGGGAUAAGAAUGACUUUGCUAUACCUUACCCGACCUAUUUCCAUCCCUCGAACGAUGAUCAGGUGUACACUUGGCAACGGAGGAUGAGGCGGCGGCGGAGGAAAACUUUGUUUUGCUUCGCCGGUGCGCCACGCCCGAAUAUGGAGAACUCGAUUCGGGGCGAGAUUAUGCAGCAAUGCGUAGGAGCCACUCGGCGACGAUGCCAAAUGUUGGAGUGUAAGGAUGAGAAGAAGAAUUGCCUCAAGCCGUCCUACGUGAUGAGGAUGUUCGAGAGCUCGAUUUUUUGUUUACAACCUCCCGGCGAUUCCUUCACCCGGCGAUCAACCUUCGAUGCAAUAAUAUCCGGUUGCAUCCCCGUCUUUUUCACGCCGGGCUCGGCGUACGUGCAAUACUUAUGGCACCUACCCAAGGACUUCACCUCAUACUCGGUGCUAAUACCCGAGCAAGACGUCAAGAACAAGAGGGUGAGCAUCGAGCGCGUGCUCUCCCGGAUCCCAAAAGCCAAAGUCGCGGCAAUGAGGGCAGAGGUGAUCAAGCUCAUACCGAACGUAAUCUACGCGGAUCCGAGGUCGAGAUUGGAUCGCGUCGAGGAUGCAUUCGACUUGGCCGUUCAAGGUGUCGUUAAGCGCGUCGACGGGUUGAGGAAAGAAAUGAACGAGCGACGGCAAGACGACGAAAACUUCGACCCGGAGGAGAGUUGGAAGUAUUACACAUUUGGAACAACAAAACCUCAUGAAUGGGACCAUUUCUUCAAUCGAUCACAAAUGGUUUGA